AUGGCCACGUUUGUCAUGCAGGCCCUCGGGUGUGAGGUAUCGGCCAUCAACACGGUUCAAUUCAGCAAUCAUACUGGAUACAAGCAGUUCAAAGGACGCAAGACUCCUGCUGAAGAGGUGGCCGAACUUUACGAGGGUCUUAAACAAUCACGCCUCAACGAUUUCGAUGUGUUGCUAUCCGGCUACUGUCCCAGUGCGGGUGUCGUCGAACAGGUUGGCAAGAUAGCACGCGAGACCAGAUUUGCAUGCACAACUAAGCCUGGUGCCUUCUUUUGGGUGCUCGACCCCGUCAUGGGCGACGAGGGCAAGAUCUACGUCAGCGAAGAAGUAGUGCCGGCAUACAAGAACCUGUUGAAAGAUGCAGAUCUCAUCCUGCCCAACCAAUUCGAAGCCGAGCUUCUCUCAGGUGUUACCAUUACAGACUUCAAGUCUCUCGCCGAGGCUGUCCGUGAACUGCACCGCUCGCACCGUGUACCGCACAUCAUCAUCACAUCUGUCCGUCUGCCCCACGACAAUGAGCAAGGAGAAGAGCCCGAGCUCUCAAUCGUAGGAUCUACUGCUGACUCAGACUUCAAUCCUCGCUUGUUCCGUCUGAAAGUGCCCGCUUUUCCCGUCUUCUUCUCUGGAACGGGCGAUAUGUUUGCGGCAUUGAUGGUAGCAAGGUUGCGCGAAGCAUGCCUUGCCGCCGAUCUUCUAACAACUGCACAUUGGCAACCGCCAGACGAGGUCACAGCGACCGAGCUUCCUCUGGCAAAGGCUGCCGAAAAGGUGCUUGCAAGCAUGCACUUGGUGCUCAAGAAGACGAUGGACUCGCGUCAGCAAGAACUUGAAAAGAUGGAGGGUACUGAACAACUCAAUUCUGGCAUUGGUGAAGAGGCAGACAAGGACAACGAAAGCGACAAGUACCUGCGCCUGACAAAAGCGGCCGAGGUCAGGGUGGUCAGAAACUGGAAGGACUUGGUAUAUCCUCCAGACAUCGAGGCUUUCAAGGCACAUGCUGUCAACGUCGAGCUUGAUUGA